AUGGAGAAAAAGAAAUCUGCGAACUAUACGCAGAGGGAAAAAGAAUUAUUGAUUUCCUUAGUUGAAAAGUAUCUUAAUGAGAAAUUGGCAUGGGAAUAUAACUCCAUCCAAACAACUGGAUCAAGAACAGGACAACAAUUAAAAUGCUGUUACGAAGAAAUGAAAAAGAUUGCAAAACAACACAAAUCAGAGGACAAGGUAGAUCUAUUAAAAACCGGUGGUGGGACAUUCAUUCCCAAGACCACUAUAUUGGAUGAAAAGAUUUUAAUGCUCUUGAAAGAUAAUUACUUCACUAUCGCCAAUGAAUAUGAUAGCAGCAAGUCUGCGACAUCAAAAGAACCUGAGCAAAAAAAACUAAUGAAAUUGGAUUUUAUCACAAGUCCCUCUACCAGUGCAGACAUAAAUAAGGAAAAUAUAUAUAUUGUGUAUCAAGAUGAACAAUCUGAAGAAAUGGAUGAAGACCUUACACAGAUUGAAGAUGAUGAAGCAUUGAAUAGCAAUGUGGCAUGAAAUAAUAGGUUUGUUUCUGCAGAAAUCACAGACUAGUCAGAGUGAAUUUCAUUGGAUGCAACUGGUUUUUCUGACUGUUUUCAACCAAUGAAAUCCGUUCUGAAUGG